AUGAUAGCAAAUGAUCUUUUAAAGUCUGACCGUCAAAAAAGGAAUCACGCGAGGCAAAGACGGUAUGCUCAACAACCGGCCAGCUUGUCAUACAACCGGGUAUCUACGGAAAAUGUCAACUCUCCUUUGGCUUACAGCAGCAUUUGUCUGGAAGAUUCAAAUCCGAACCUCCCGCUUGCAUCCGAAUAUGGCGUUUGGAUCAAGAAAGGCCAAGAAGUGAAUGCGAAGAUAGCAUGUCCGUAUGCGUUACUGGGGACAUACGCUUUCGAUUACCGGAAUGACGCCACUGGUGCGUCUUCUAGCUGCACGGGGAAAGCGUUAGACAUGUGCACGGUAAACACAGAGAUGAAGUUUAACUACAGCGGUUGUGAUCCAAAUCUAACUGCAUUAUCGUUUUCAGCGUCCAACACGGUAUGGUGUGUGGACAACGUGCUGUACAACAAUUUCUACUACGUCACGACGUUUAACGGAAAUGAUGCUGACGCCACGAUCGACAACGUUACCACAUUUAGAUACACGUCAUGUCCCAUUCUUACCGCUCCCGCUAAUGGCGCUGUGACCUACAAGACAGAUGGCGCUGUCACCAAUGCCAUCUUCACGUGCAGCAGUCAAUUCUCAUUGGCUGGUCCAGCUUUCCGCACGUGCCAAGCAAACUUUACAUGGUCGGACCAAAACCCCACGUGCACAUGUAUUGCUCCGAGCUCGUUUGCCAACGGUUCUGUGUCCAUAUCGUCGGACGGAACAACCCUGUCAUACACGUGCAAGGCGGGUUUCGUACUCGUGGGAAAUCAAACACGCACGUGCAUGGGAAGUCAUUCAUGGUCAGGAGCACCUCCGACAUGCACUGCAUGCGUCACUAUAGCAGCAACCCCGGGCUUAUUGACGAACUUGACGUCCACCGGUCUCACGACGGUGGCUUAUUUCACGUGCAUCGUGGGAUAUACUUUGACCGGAAGUGCGUCAAGCACGUGUCAGACUUCGGGAAGUUGGAAUAUUGUUGCAGCAACAUGCGUCGCAUGUCAAACGCUUACCAUAAGUGGCAGCAUGACACAUUCUAUGACAACAAACGGCUAUGUAAGCGUUGUGACAUUCUCCUGCAAAUCCGGGUACACACCUAGUGGUGACGUCAGCAGAACGUGUGGGACAGCGGGCACGUGGAAUGGGACACAGUCUACUUGCGACUGUAUAGAUUCAUCACCACCCAUUAAUGGCACAAUGACCAGAAAUGGCACGUUCGCCUACUUCCGAUGCAAUGCGGGCUUUGUCAUGACCGGUUCGGCCAUCAGCGAGUGUCUGUCCAACGGCACAGGAUGGAGCUCUCCCACUCCCACAUGCAAUAUCAAUGAAUGCGAUCCCGACCCUUGUCAAAAUGGCGGGACAUGCAGCGAUGGCAUUAACGACUACGAGUGCGCAUGCGCGGCCGGAUAUGAGGGCAAUAAAUGCGAUAUCAACACAAAUGAAUGCGCGUCCAGCCCAUGUGGUAACGGAGCAACUUGCAUUGACAGUGUCAACUUGUACGAAUGCGCAUGCGUGGCAGGAUAUGAAGGGGUCCACUGCGAAAUUGAUGUUGACGAAUGCGCCAGCUCUCCAUGCCAGAACGGCGCCACGUGCAAAGACCACGUGGCCGGAUACACUUGUCACUGCGCUUCCGGUUGGCAGGGCGUCCACUGCGAAAUGGAUGCGAACGAGUGCGCCUCCAGCCCGUGCCAGAACGGCGCCACGUGCAACAACCUGCUUGACGCGUACACUUGCACGUGCGUGCCGGGAUACGAGGGAACUAACUGUAAUACAGAUAUUAAUGAUUGUGCUCCGAAUCCAUGUCAAAAUGGCGGACAAUGCACAGAUGGCCUAAAUGCUUACACCUGCGCAUGCGCAUCGGGAUUCCGAGGAACAGUUUGUGAAACAAACAUCAAUGAGUGCGACCCAAAUCCGUGUUUGAAUGGCGCCAAAUGCAUCGACGGCAUCAACGCGUUCACGUGUUCGUGUUUGGCCGGGUACAACGGACAGAAAUGCGAAUCAAACAUCAAUGAGUGCGACCCCAAUCCGUGUCAAAAUGGCGGAGAAUGUACUGAUGGAAUCAACGACUACGUGUGCGCAUGCGUGGCCGGAUUUAAUGGAAAGAGCUGCCAGAUAAACAUCAACGAGUGCGAUCCGAACCCCUGCCUAAAUGGCGGGAAAUGUAGCGAUGGAAUCAACGACUACACGUGCGCAUGCGUUGCCGGAUAUGAGGGCAAAAACUGCGAUAUCAACAUCAACGAGUGCGAUCCCAAUCCCUGUCAAAAUGGUGGUAAAUGCAGCGAUGGAAUCAAUGACUAUCAGUGCGCAUGCGUUGCCGGAUAUGACGGCAAGAAAUGCGAAAUCAACAUAAAUGAAUGCGCGUCCAACCCAUGUGCUAACGGAGCCACUUGCAUUGACGGUGUCAACUUUUACGAGUGCGCGUGCGUGGCAGGAUAUGACGGAGUCCACUGCGAUAUCGAUGUUGACGAAUGCUCCAGCUCCCCGUGCCAGAACGGCGCGACGUGCAAAGACCACGUGGCCGGAUACACGUGCCACUGCGUUGCCGGUUGGCAGGGCGUCUACUGCGAACUGGAUGUAAACGAGUGCGCCCCCAGCCCGUGCCAGAACGGCGCCACGUGCAACAACCUGCUGGACGCGUACACGUGCACGUGCGUGGCGGGAUACGAGGGAACCAACUGCGAGAUUGACAUCAACGAGUGCACGAGCUAUCCGUGCCAGAACGGCGCUACAUGUGUGGAUAACGUGAACAGUUACACGUGCAACUGCGUCGGAAACUGGGCAGGCACCCACUGUGAACUAGUGCAUGGCAACUGGGCCACAUGGAAUGACUGGAGUAUUUGUUCGGUCACGUGCGCCAAUGGCACCGUGUCCCGGACUCGCACGUGUACUGACCCCGCCCCAGUCAACGGAGGAAACAAGUGCUCCGGUGUCGACACGGAGGUGAACACCUGCUCAUUUGAUUCUUGUCCAGUGGACGGAGGCUGGUCUGCGUGGAGCGCCUACGGCGACUGCUCGGCCACGUGCAAAGGAGGAACCCGAACUCGGACACGUGACUGCACGCGCCCCUCUCCUGCUUGGGGAGGCGCCGAGUGUGUGGGUGUGAAGUUCGAGACUGGCGAGUGCAACACGAACCCUUGCAACGUGACUCCCCCACAAGACGGCCUAUGGGGUGCCUGGCAGAAGUGGCAGGGUUGCUCCGUUACGUGCGGAAGUGGCGUCCAGAGGCGCUACCGCAACUGUGACAAUCCAGCGCCGGAUUACGGCGGCCUUCCGUGCCUAGGAGAAGGUUUCGAGGAACAGAAGUGCUCCGACGCAAGUGCUUGUCCAUUGGCCGUUGACGGACAAUGGAGUGCUUGGUCUACGUCAAUGUGUGACGUCACCUGUGGUAAUGGGAAGGUUGUCAAGCAGCGAAAGUGCGACAGUCCCGCCCCUAAACACGGCGGUGCCGCCUGCCCUGGGGACAACGUGGAAGUGACGAAUUGCAAGAUGGCGAAUUGUCCUGCUAACACCGCCAACUCAAGUGCGUUUGGUUACGGAACCGAGUAUAAAUCGAAAUGUCCAAAGGGCUUUUUCACGUGCAAGAAGGGAAAGAUCACGUGCAUCCAGACAGAGUUUGUUUGCGACUGCUCUCCUGAUUGCGAUGAUUCAAGUGACGAAGACAAGACGUGGGCAGGUUGUGCGAUGCAAAUGAAAUGCUCUUCCGCUGCUGGUCUCCAGACGACCGUUCUGACACUGCUUCUAGGAGUCGCAAUGUGGUUCUUCACGCGUCACUGGUAGUCCAGACCAGAAGGAGCAUCGAUGUUUUUCGCUCGAAUGACUAACUAAUAACGAGUUGAUUUACUAUAGACAAGUACAUUAACGAGUUGAUUUACUAUAGACAAGUUGCUUGAACGUAGACAAGUUUUACGAUCUACCAAAUUACCGUAGACGAGUAACUAUAAUUGACUAUGGACUUGAUAAUUGAUUUUCGAACUUUUUGAUUGACAACAUAUCAGUUAAUUACCGUUGACCAAUUGGAUGACCAUUAACCAGUAAAUUGAUAUUCUACCUGUUUACUGACUAUAAACCAGUUGAAGGACCAUUGACCACUAAAGUGAAUUUCAACAAUUUGUUUUCACCACAAACCAGAUGAUUUAUUAAUCUGAGUCAUUAGAUUAAGAAAAUCACCAGUUGUAGUUAGUACAACAAACAAAAUAUUUCAAUACCAUUAAAAAAAUGAGCAUGGUACAUAUACUGACAAAUAUUAGCUAAGCGAUGUAUAUAUAUUCUUUAUUUUUUUUAUAAAACAUGAAUGUAUGUAGUUUGACUGCAUACAUUGUUCAUGGCUCUGGUUGUUUAUGUUCUUUGAUUUAAAUAAUGUUAUUUUUAUUUUCAUAUUAUGUUAUGUUGGCAUUUUACUAUACGUGUUUGCUCAUUGUAUUGCACAUUUUCGUAUGUAUUUACAUUAUGAGAUAUAGCCGUGAAGAUUCGUUACAUCAAAAAGAGGAGGUCAACAUGUAUGGGACACGACUUGUUACCGUCACACAUAAAUUAUAUGUUGCUAAACGUACAUUCUAACUAUAUGCUUCUCAUCCUUUGUAUUGCUGGUGAUGGUGAUAAUUUAUUAUAAUCUAAUGUAUGCAAUUGUUAAUUGUUUCGUGAUUCCUCAUAACAUGCUACUUGUAAUACGU